UUAAGACAGAAUUGGCCCGUCUCUGCUGAAUACUCUCUGGCGCUGCGUCCAGAUGGGGGCGAUGACUGCUUCAUUCAACAGAUCAGCAAAGUCCUAAAACACUCAAACUGUGCUGGACUACAUACGUGAAGCGCCUGAAAGAAUAAAACGACAUAUUUUGCACGAUUCUGGGCUUCUGUUGAUCCCUUUCACGGGCAGAAAUAUGAAAACAUGGUAGUUAAAACGAGAAAACCAAAUUCUAAGGAGCAGAGCAGUGAGAAGGACAGGAGUCUAUCGGUGUCUGGGAAAAGCAGGCGUGGGAAAGAUGGAAAAAUCUCGGCUUUCCAGAGCAAAAACGGACUCUUUCCUGGGUUCAUACGAAACAAAUUGGGCUUGAGUCCGUCUGCUUUUGCAAGAGGAGUAAUAGUGUUUAUUCUCGCUGUAAUUGCGGGAUGUUCACACUGGUAUCAUCUCUCACACCUAUUUGAAAAUGACAGACACUUUUCACACAUGUCAUCCUUGGAGAAGGAGAUGGCUUUUCGAACAGAGAUGGGGCUGUAUUACUCAUACUUCAAAACCAUCAUCAAGGCUCCUUCUUUCAUGAGUGGUCUUUACAUGAUUAUGAACGACCGGCUCACUGAAUACCCUUUAGUGAUAAACACUCUAAAGAGGUUCAACUUGUACCCUGAGGUGUUCUUGGCCAGCUGGUACAGAUUAUACAGCAGCACAAUGAAUUUCUUCGGGAUCCCUACCAAGUUGUGUUGGACCAUCAACAGAGGGGAGGGACUGGAUCCAGUGGAGAGUUGUGAAGGUUUGGGGGACCCUGCAUACUUUUAUGUGACUUUUGUGUUCCUGUUAAAUGGAGCAAUGAUGAGCCUGUUCUUCAUUUAUGGAACAUAUCUGAGUGGCAGUCGACUUGGUGGCACUGUUACAGUUGUGUGUUUCUUCUUUAACCAUGGAGAGAGCACACGGGUCAUGUGGACCCCUCCCCUUAGAGAAAGUUUCUCCUACCCCUUCCUGGUUCUACAGAUGCUUCUGGUCACGUACAUCCUCCGGACAAAGAACCCAAGCAGAAAUACCAUGAUGGCGCUGGGUAUCUCUAAUGUUUUCUUCAUGCUGCCCUGGCAGUUUGCACAGUUCGUCUUACUUACCCAGGUGGCCUCCCUGUUUGCUUCAUAUAUCCUUGGAUAUCUGAGCCCAACGAAAAUGCAGUCCCUCUUAGUGACACACAUGGUCUCCUUGGCCGUCUGUUUUCUUCUAAUGUUCGGGAACUCAAUGCUACUUACGUCCUUCUACGCCUCUUCACUGGUCUCCAUCUGGGGGGUCAUUGCUCUCAGGGACCUUUUUGUUGGUACUUUCAAACCUGGGCUGUUCACAUGGAUCAUGCAGUGCCUCACAUGGGUGGUCUCUACUGUAAUUCUGAAGUUCAUGCUCUCGGUGAUCUUGGGCGCAUCAGAUGAUGCUCACAUUAGCAGUCUGAUCAAAUCCAAGUUCACAAGCUACAAAGACUUUGACACAAUGAUGUACACAUGUGCAGCAGAGUUUGACUUCAUUGAAGCAGAUACUCUAUUCCGCUACAUCAAAACCUUGCUGCUUCCAAUUAAUGUGCUGAUUGUGGGUUUUAUUGCUGGAAGGACUAUACGGGAUGUUAUUAUGUUUCUCAGAAACGGGAAGACAGGCGAGUCAGAGGAAAAUGAAACAGAGCAGACCCAAGUGUUGGCGAAUGGUGUGCUGGUGUAUCACAGUCUACAGCUGGUGGCAUUUGCAGUGUUGGCUGUACUCAUUAUGAGACUGAAGCUGUUCCUUACUCCUCACAUGUGCAUCAUGUCCUGUUUAAUCUGUUCCAAACAGCUGUUUGGCUGGAUAGGAGAGAAAUUUAAACUCCAAAUGGUAGUCGUUGCAAUGUUGUCCAUGAUGGCAAUCCAAGGAGUAGCCAACCUGCAGAGUCAAUGGGGCAUCAUAGGAGAAUUCAGUAACUUCCCACAAGAAGAGCUCCUGGAGUGGAUCAAGGACAACACAAGCCCUAAUGCUGUGUUUGCUGGUGCAAUGCCCACCAUGGCAAGUGUAAAACUGUCCACUGGUAGAGCCAUCGUCAAUCAUCCACACUAUGAGGAUGCAGGGUUGAGAGAAAGAACAAAGAUGGUGUAUGCCAUGUAUAGCCGAAAGCCAGCCAGUGCCGUAAAGAUGAACUUGAUAAAGCUGCAAGUGGACUAUUUCAUCUUAGAGGACUCGUGGUGCACCAGACGGUCAAAGCCCGGUUGCAGCAUGCCUGAGAUCUGGGAUGUGGAGGACCCCCAAAAUGCAGGAAAAGUGCCACUUUGUACUCUCAUGUCUAAGGAUUCACGUCCCCACUUCUCCACUAUCUUUCAAAACAGCAUUUACAAAGUCCUUCGAGUUCCCAAAACAGUGAAAGAUAUCAGAUAACAGCAGUUUUCCUCCUGAAAUGUAUUAGUCCCUGCUGUUGUCCUGUCUUUGAUACGUACGUGUGUGUAUAUAUACACAGCAAUGAUUAUUUUUGUAAUGAUCAGUCCUGUUAUUCUUGAGAUCUGCUUCUGCCACUUUGGUGUCUGUUUUAUUUUGAUAAGAUAUAACAGAUGUUUAAACUGUGUCAAAUCAGACUGUGAUUUUUUCCCAUCCAUGGUGCUGCUGUUUGCCGUUUAGUUAAGGUCCAGAUAUUUUUUAAAGGUUGAAAGAUUUCAGCAUCAUAUACCUGAGUCAUUUCACUUUUUGUGCAUUAUAUAAUUUAUUUCAGCUAUUUUUGGGUCGAUCUUUGGAUAAAUGUUUUUAAGAUUUGUAAACCCCUUUUUUAAAGUUUUAAAAUUAACAUUUUUGGCAGAUGUUUUUACCAAAGUGACUUACAAACGUAACAUACACUUUGAGGGAGGAUUAUGAUAUAGUUUAAUAUGUUAUUAAUUCUACCUACUUAAUUUGAUAAGUCAUCUGUUAAACUGCUUGUUACUUUUAGGUUUUAUGUAUGAAAAUCACGGUCAAGGUUAUGUAUUAUUGGAAAAAGUAUUUUGUUGUGAAACAAUAUUUUGAACUUUCUGUUAGUAAGAUAUUGUCUUGCUCAGACACAUUUUCAGUAGUCAUUUAUACCUUCGUAAAAUUUGUUAAUUCGAUCAUAUUUUAGUGUCAUUCUCUGUUUACUGAUAUUACCAGUGUUCAGAAUUCCUCCAGUGUUAUGCUGACUUCUCAUUUGUCAGUGAAUUGCAAGUGUUUAGUAUCAGGAAAUAGCAACAGACAAGGUUGUGCUAGGUUGCACAAUGCUUCCGUUCCUCAACUGUCUUUCCUGAUGUCAUGGUUAUAGUGAUUUUAAUGAGAAUAGUUCUUUCAAAUUAAAUUGAGAAACUGGAAUCACUGCCAUAGUGUUAUUAAAGGUAUUUGUAGUAUUAUGUGUUUAAUUCUGAAGUGUCCUUUCCAUUUCAUUAAAAUACCUGCAAUUGUUCAUGGAAUGUGUAAAAAUGAUGCAUGUGAACUGUCUUCAGGAAACUUGUCUACUUCCUAUUUCUUUGAUUAUAUCUGAUGUUUAGUUGUAUUGAUAUGAAUACUCUGUUACUUUUGUUCUCUCCCAGUGUAAUGUACAUUUCUCAGUAUUAAAUUAUUUUAAUUCAUGAUUUAAA